AUGCCGCUGGAAGAAAACGACAAGUAGUAAAUAUUAAAUGAUGAAAACGAUGUUUAAAGAGCUUGUGUUGCUCGUUCAAGGAAAACUUUCUUUAAAAGUAAUUUUAUGUAGUAUUUUCACGGCCAAUAUCCAGACCGACGCUCAUAACUCCAUACGCGCCACAGCUCCUGUCCUUUUCCGAUGAGUUCCUGGAGCAGAAUCACUUGGAAGAAUGUAAAGACUGUGACAAACUAUUCUUUGACGAUUACGAAGCCCAUCGUGGAACAGCCGAAGAAGUGCGCGAAGGGUCAAGGAGUUUUGGGGGAGCUGAUUACGUCGGAAGUUUUGGUCGAUAG